UGCAGAUGGUCACGGGGGAGGGAGGGGAGCAUACGGCAUGAUGGGCUGCAAUGCGCGAAGUGAACCCUGCCAGGCAUCACAUCACAUCACCCUCCACAUUUCGAGAAGCAAGCCACCAUCACCACCACCACCUUAUGGUUUUUCCGGACGUCGUGGACACUCAGAGAUCUUUACGGCCGCUACCCGUCACAAAGAAACGUGUCGCAUAUUCUUACCGCAAUUGCCGUCGUCGGUGCGGAGCAAAUCCCCCCCCUCUCCCUCCCCUCCCCCCCGCGCCCCCCAGUCGGCACUCUGCAGUGCUGUACUGUACUCACGGAACAUCCAGCAUUGCGUGGACAUCAUUUCCCGCGCUGCACAUGGACGUCUCGAGCCUCGCCUGCGAACACCGUACCCGUUUCCAUCGAUCUUGGGGAUGUGCGCGUGCGGAGACCUUCCCCACGGGCCAAGUCAGGCCUACUAGUAUGUACUGUACAGUCGGUUUCGUCAGGAAUGGAUGGAUGGCUGGAUGUCUGGAUGGGAUGGAUGAACAUCUGAUGCUGGAGCACUUGUGCUCUGCGGCACCAAGUACCAAGCACCAAAUAACUACAGCGCUGGGCUGGCUGGGCUGGACUGGGGCUGCUGGUCUGCGGGGCUGCCCCCGGGACAGCAAGAAUCUCCGGCAAGCGACAUAUACGAACGUCGAAGCGAAGUCUCGUCUACUCUUUUCGCUCUAGCGGCAGGUUCCUUGUGUCGUCCCCGUCCGCCGUGGAUUUCCAAUCGACGGCCGACCGAUACAAGCGAGCGCCAGAGGGUGCGAUCUCCUAGUUGUUAACUAACGGUGGGUGGUGACUCGCCCACGCGGCCUCCCUUCCCUCCCCUCCCUCCCUCCCUUCCCUCCCUAUCAAUCCCACGCCAGCAACUGUUUCACCAGUCUUCCCGAGCCCAUCCCAAGGUUUUCUGGCGGUAGAGUCCGGUAUGUACCACAGUGCUAAAGUGCUAAAGUAGCUCUUAGGGCCAGAAUGCGUGUGUAGAUAUAUAGUGGACGCGAGGGGGGGAGGGGGUAGGACGAGGGCCGCUACGUCUUUUCGGAGUUUGAGUUUCGCCGUUCGGAGGGAAAGACCGCGCGCACCUGUGAGCACGAUCAACGCCUCCCCCUCCCCCCUCCACAACCCCAAUGCCGCUCCGACGAUCAGCGUUCCGCCGCCGCGACACGGCG